UGCAAUUGCAAGUUGCAAUUUUGCCAUUUUGCAACUUUGUUUUUUUCUUCUUCUGGAUUUUGAGUGAGCCCUUUCAUUUAAAUUCUCAAUACAACAAAAAGCUAUUUUUGUUUUGGAUUCUUCAUAGUAACUGGAAAUUUCGGGUUGUUUAUCUUUUCUUUGUUGCUUAGUGUUUGAGCGACAGUUCCAUUGGUUUAUGAGAAAGUGAAAGGCUAUAUAUAUUGCUUUCAGUAGACGAAAUUAAACUUGCUGUUUUUCUUAAGUAAGGUGAAGGGCUUUUCCUACUUUUAACUUAGUUUUAUGUCUUUUUUCUGUGAAAGGGAGAAUCUUUGGGCCAUAAGUCCUUUUGCUUAGCUAUUUUUUUGAAAAAUCUAGUUGGGUAGUUUCUUACCACCUUUUUUCUUUCUGGUGGAAUUUUACUUUAAUUAGUGCAAACCUGGACUGUGAAAGUGGACACAAAUUUUUAUAAGUACUACUAACAACUUCCAUCAAAGUCAUAGAAGAAUAAAUAUUUCCGUAAUCUCUACGAAAGCUGCAACAGUUGAAGUCUUUUCUUUUUCAAAUGAUGCCUUAAGUUUCACCUCAAUAUAAUAUUUCCAUUACAUCCUUAAAAUGUUUCAAAUGGCAGUCUAUCAAUCUUGUCAGUGCUUCUUCAUUUGAUUUGGAGACUUCGCAAAGGAGGAGCAAAUUGCAGAUUACUCUGGCAAAAGCAGAACCUUAAAGAACAUGUCUUCAAAUCUAUUAGUACCUGGUCCAAUUCAAUUCAAUUACAGUCAAUACGACAUCCUCGUCUCCCUAAAUCAAGGAGAUCAAGAUCAACGACAGGCUGCAUUCGAGUACAUUCUCAACGUGAUCGUUUACUCAUCAGUUAUCCUGGUGCUGCUGAUGGUUGCUGCGUUGCUAAUCAAAUUACUUGGAGUUUGUGAGGGUGAAAUGGCAAGAAAUGAUGCAGUAAGAAGAGAAACAGACAGAUUAAUUUCGAAAGCAAGCGCUUCUUUAUCCUAUGGAACAUGUGACGAAGAUGAUUUAGAAUCUGGAAAUUGCAGUCGUUGUAGUUCAUCAGAAGAUUUGUGUGAUGAAAACAUAUGCAUAGUUUGCUACGAAGAGAAACGAAAUUGUUUCUUUAUUCCAUGCGGCCAUUGCGCUACUUGCCACGCAUGUGCCAAGAGGAUUACUGAGGAAGAAAACAAGAAUUGCCCAAUUUGUCGGAGAGUAAUCCGCAGAGUAAGAAGAGUGCUUAUUGCAUAAAUUUCACGUUUCCCUUACGUAGUUAAUGUAAAUGAUGCACUUGCAUUUGACAAUGGUAAUAUUACCACGGCUUUUUAGUUCAUUUUUUAUUCA